AUGUCCUUCCCGCAGCUCGGCUACCAGUACAUCCGCCCCCUCUACCCGCCCGAGCGCCCGGGGGCCGCGGGCGGCGGCGGGGGAGGCGGCGGCAGCAGCGCGGGGGCCCGCGGCGGCCCGGCAGCCGGCGCCGCGGAGCUGGGCGCCCCGGGGUCCCUGGCCAGCGUGCUCUCCUCCGUGUACGGGGCGCCCUACGCCGCCGCCGCUGCAGCCGCCGCCCAGGGCUACGGCGCGUUCCUGCCCUACGCCGCCGAGCUGCCCCUCUUCCCGCAGCUGGGCGCCCAGUAUGAGCUGAAGGACAGCCCCGGGGUGCAGACAGCCGCGUUCUCGCACGCGCACCCCGCCUUCUACCCCUACGGCCAGUACCACCCCCAGUUCGGGGACCCGUCCCGCCCCAAGAACGCCACCCGCGAGAGCACGAGCACGCUCAAGGCCUGGCUGCAGGAGCACCGCAAGAACCCCUACCCCACCAAGGGCGAGAAGAUCAUGCUGGCCAUCGUCACCAAGAUGACGCUCACCCAGGUGUCCACCUGGUUCGCCAACGCGCGCCGGCGCCUCAAGAAGGAGAACAAGAUGACCUGGGCGCCCCGCAGCCGCGCCGACGGGGAGGAGGAGGAGGAGGGCACCGCCUGCGGCAGCGAGCGCGAGGAGGACGAGGAGGAGGAGGACGAGGAGGAAGAGGGCAAACGCCGCGAGCUGGAGGAGGACGAGGAGGAAGAGCUCGGCGGCGGCGAGGAGGACGAGGAGAUCGAUUUGGAGAACGUGGACGGCGCGGCCGCGGGGCCUGAGCUGGGCCUGGCGGGGGCCGCUGCGCGCAGGGACGGCGACGCCCUGGGCCUGGGGCCCGGUUCGGACUCCAAGAACAGCGACUCGGACGACAGCUCCGAGGGCCCGGAGGAGCGCCCGCUGCCGGCCCUGCGUCUGGCCCCGAGUCUGGCCCCGGUGGCUCCGCCGCCGUCCCCGCCCUCGCCCCCCGCGGGCCUGGACCCCUGCGCCCCUACGCCCGCCUCUGCCUCCGCCUCCGGCCUGCAGAAGCCCAAGAUCUGGUCCCUGGCCGAGACGGCCACGAGCCCGGACACCCCGCGCCGCUCGCCGCCCCCGGGCGCGGGAGGCUCUCCGCCCGGAGCCGCCGUGGCGCCCGCCGCCCUGCAGCUCUCCCCGGCCGCCGCCGCCGUGGCGCACAGACUGGUGUCGGCGGCGCCGCUGGGCAAGUUCCCCGCCUGGACCCACCGGCCGUUCCCGGGCGCGCCGCCCGCCGCCCGCCCGCACCCGCUCUCCCUGCUCGGCUCGGCCCCGCCGCACCUGCUGGGGCUGCCCGGGGCCGCGGGCCACCCGGCCGCCGCCGCCGCCUUCGCCCGGCCCGCCGAGCCCGAGGGCGGAGCAGAUCGCUGUAGUGCCUUGGAAGUGGAGAAAAAGUUACUCAAGACAGCUUUCCAGCCCGUGCCCAGGCGGCCCCAGAACCACCUGGAUGCCGCGCUGGUCUUGUCGGCCCUCUCCUCCUCUUAG